GGCGCGGCCAUGGCGUCGUUCGGCUCUCUGAAGAACGCCAUCUUCGAAAGAGAAGAGAGAAAACAACAGUACCAGGCUCAUGUGCGAGGGCUUAAUGCUUACGAUCGCCACAAGAAGUUUAUGCAUGAUUAUGAGCGACAACAUGGCCAUUGACCCGUUGCUCUAAGAAUUGUUAAAAAAAACUCAUUAAGUUAGCUUAUUAGCUAACAGACGGACUUGAAGGAAGCUUGCAAAUAUUGAGCCCCUUAUUUGCACAUCCUGGAGUCCUAAAGCAAAAGAAUGAUGAACAGUUUCCUUCACUAAGAUGACAGGAGGCUACAGUCAUCCUAACAUACAGUUUGAUGCAAGAAAUAUUUCAGUUCAUUUCUACGGGAAAAAUAAAACUGGGGGAGAAAAAUUUCCUAUCAAGACUGAUCAAGACACCUUGAGGGAGGGCUACCGGUUCAUUCGUUCGGAAGAAGAUGACAUGGAUACAUCAUGGGAGCAGAAGCUCGUGAAGCGAUAUUAUGAUAAGCUUUUCAAAGAAUACUGCAUAGCUGAUAUGACACAAUACAAAAGUGGGAAGAUUGGUCUCAGGUGGCGUACGGAGAAGGAAGUAAUAUCUGGGAAAGGGCAGUUCAUAUGCGGUAACAAGCAUUGUGAUGAGAAGGAUGGUUUAGCAAGCUAUGAGGUGAACUUUUCUUAUUUUGAAGCAGGAGAAAACAAACAAGCCCUUGUAAAGCUGGUAACUUGUGAGAGAUGCUUAAAAAAGCUUCACUACAAGAGAAAGAAAGAAAAGGAGAAACAGGAAAGGAAGGAGCAAGAUAUGUCCAAAAGGAAGAGGUCAAGUGAUGACAACUCAGAUAGUGAGGAUGAAGGGAGCAGAACGAGGAGAAAAGGAAAGAAGGCCUCAACAUCAUAUGGGGAUCAUAAAGCUCACGACAAAGAAGACUUUGAUGAAUAUCUGGAGGGAAUGUUUCCAUAAUGAUCUUGAUGAAUAUGGGCCUCAGGACUACACUUUCAGCCUCGACGAUUAUUAUUUUCAGCGAUCCGCUUCCUUGAAACCUUUUUGAAGACGACAAAUGGCUGUGGGUUGUACGCAUACACCUUUUUAUUUUUUUGGGAAACUUGUAUCUUAACAUAAAACAUCAUGUUCAUGUGGUUCUCGAAAUUGUUUAAUUGUAUUGCAGCCUUGUCAUGAUCUAUAUAUCUUGUUCUGUUAUAUGAGCUGUGUGCAGCAGGGGUUUUUGCUCAGAACCAUUUGUACAAAAGCUUCUUUCCUUUGGGAGUGAUAGGAAAAUUGAACGAUCAAUCGAACAUUGGUUUGUCGAUUUUGAAUCAUCAGAAGCUUGGAAGUCUCCUAUUGUA